AUGGCAAAUGACAAGGUUCUCGUAUUAGAGGGUGAGAUGAGUUUGGUGUUAAGACAGAUGAAUAAAACUUUUUAUUCUAAUAAAGAAAUCUUCCUUCAGGAACUUAUUAAUAAUGCUUCAAAUGCUUUAGAUAAAAUUCAAUUUGAGAGUCAUACAAACAAGAAUAUUUUAGAUGAUAGGGUAAUAAGAUUGAUUCCCCACAAGGCUAACAAAACACUUUCCAUCAUUGACACUGGUAUUGGCAUGACCAAAACAGAUUUGGCAUAUAAUUUAGGAGUUGGCUUCUACUCUACAUAUUUGAUUGCUGACAAGGUUAUUGUCACCUCCAAGCAUAAGGAUCAUGAUCAAUAUAUAUGGGAAUCUCAACCAGGUGCCUCUUUCAUUGUUAAUAACGACAUCAAUGCCCAACAACCAUCAAGGGGAACCAAUAUCACCCUUUUCCUCAAGGAUAAUCAGUUAGAAUACUUGGAAGAGGUCACUAUCAAGAAUCUCGUUAUCAAAUAUUGCCAACACAUCUCCCACCGCAUUUACCUAUGGAAUGAGAAUACCAAGGAUGAUUGGCAACUUAUUAACAUUUGGUUUCAUAACCGAGAGAGAGACAGUAAACAUGUAGCUCAAAAACUUAUGAAUCACAUACCAGAUGAUUUUGUAUUCUCUAUUCUUUCUAACCUACCUUUGAAAUCUUUGAAGAGAUUUGGAUGUGUACGAAGAUCAUGGGCCCUCUUGUUUGAAAAUUCUCAUUUCAUGAACCUCCUUCGUAAUAACUUCAUAUGUAAUCACCAAUCGUACUAUGAUGAUACAUAUCUCCUAUUGAAUCUCUCUCCACUUUACCAGAAUCAUUACAAUUCCUCCUUAUUUUCAAUUUCUGGCGAGAGGUUUCAAAAUAUGGAAAAAUUAUACUGGCCUAGUCAAAUUCAAGAGGAUUACCUUGAGGGAAUUGGUAUUUUAGGUUCUUCUAGUAUCAAUGGAAUUCUGUGCCUAUACGUAAAAGAUCUUGUGUAUUUAUGGAACCCAACUAUCAACGAAUUCAAGGUUAUUCCUCCCAGUCCAUUUAAGAAUGCACCAUAUUAUAUUUAUAUUGGGAUAAAGUAUCACGGAUUUGGCUAUGAUUGUGUUAGAGAUGAUUAUAAGGUGGUUAGGGAAGUAUCUUUUUUUGUUAAUUCUGAUGACGAUGUGGAACCACAUGAUGUUUUCCCCCUCUCAUGUAUUUGGGAGAUGUAUAGCCUAAGAAGUAACUCUUGGACAAUCCUUCAACUGUGUGAUUGCGUGCCUACAAGUUUUGAUGAUAAUAAUAAAUUUUACUUAGAGGGAAUGUGUCAUUGGUUGGGUUAUGCAGAGAGUUGUAUUCAACAUGUAGUAUCAUUUGACUUGAUCAAUAAGGUGUGGAUUACGACCCUCCCACCUUUAGACAUACCUAUGGAAAUAUAUGAUAAUAAGCAUUUUGUGAGGAGACAAUUAUUUCUCCUAAAUCAGUCAAUUGCUUUGAUGUCAAAUUAUGCAGAAACAACAACCUUUUACAUAUCAAUUUUGGUUGAAGUAGGUAAGAAGGAAACAUGGACUUUACUCUUUGUUUUUGGACCCAUACCUUACAUUGCAUUCCCUAUUGGAACAAGGGAUAUGGGCAAUAUACUCUUCCAAACACAUGAUGGUGAUCUAGCAUGGUUUAAUUUAAAUACCCACACAGUUCAGAAGCUUGGUGUCAACAUACAUGGUGGUUAUUCCCAAUUAGUAGUUCAUAAGGAAAGUCUUCUUACAAUUGCAAGAAUAAAUAGUUAAUUGUUUUCCUUAUUUCCAUUUGAGUAGGUAAUGAUUCGUUAUCAUAAUUUUCUCUUGUACUUGU